AUGAACCUGGACCCUCAGACACAACGUAAGAGACUACACAGAGCAGAGUUUCCAUCAUCCAGCUGUCUGUCUAUGAAGAGUAAAUGGUCUAAUUAUGAUCCUCCAAACUUCAGUAAUAAACCUGGACCCUCAGACACAAAGAAGAGGAGGGCUGUUUCUGUGGAGGAGCUGCUGUCCUGCUGUUCUUUGUGUCAGGACGUCCUGAAGGAUCCAGUCUCUACCAGCUGUGGACACUGGUUCUGCAGACAGUGCAUCACCUCAUACUGGGACCAGUCUGCUUCAUCAGGAGACUCCUCCUGUCCCAAGUGUGGAAAAAGAUCCAGAACCAGACCUGGACUGCAGAUAGACAGUCAGACCAGCAAUGUACAAACAGAAAGUGGUCUGCAGGAGGUUUUAAAUGAACAUCACAUCAGUCUGAGCAGCACAUGUGAAUGUGUGACUCAAGGAACUGAUGAAGCAGGAACUAAAAUCCUCCUCAUCAGCAUCUUCACUAAGGUCUACAUCACAGAGGGACAGAGUGAAGAGGUUAAUACCCAACAUGAGGUGAGACAGCUUGAAACAGCUUCCAAGAUGAAGACCCUCCAUGACGCUCCAAUCAAGUGUCAGGACAUCUUUAAAGUCCUACCUGACCAACAGGACAUCUGUGAAGUCUUACACAGAGUCAGAGUGGUUCUGAUGAACGGCGUCGCUGGCGUUGGAAAAACCUUCACAGUGCAGAAGUUCACUCUGGACUGGGCACAGCGCUCCAACAACCAAGAUAUCAGUCUGCUGAUUCCACUUCCAUUCAGGGAUCUGAACUUGAUCAAAGAUGAGCAGUACAGUCUGCUCAUGCUGAUCCAUGUUUUCUAUCCAACAUUACAGAAGCUCACAGCAGAGAAGCUCGCUGUCUGUAAAGUUCUGUUCAUCUUUGACGGCCUGGAUGAAAGCAGACUUUCACUGGAUUUCAACAACAGUGAGGUCGUGUCUGAUGUCACACAGAAGUCAUCAGUCAGCGUGCUGUUGACAAACCUCAUCAAGGGGAAGCUGCUUCCCCGGGCUCUCGUCUGGAUCACUUCCCGACCUGCAGCAGCCAAUCAAAUCCCUCCUUCAUGUGUGGACAGGGUAACAGAAGUACGAGGCUUCACUGACCCCCAGAAGGAGGAGUACUUCAGGAGGAGAUUCAGUGAUGAAGAGCAGUCCAGCACAAUCAUCUCACACAUCAAGACAUCCAGGAGCCUCCACAUCAUGUGUCACAUCCCAGUCUUCUGCUGGAUCACUGCUUCAGUUCUGGACCACAUGUUGACUACAGACCAGAGAGGAGAGCUGCCCAAGACCCUGACUGACCUGUACUCACACUUCCUGCUGAUUCAGACAAAGAGGAAGAAGAACAGGUGUGAUGAGGGACUGGAGAAAAGAAACAUCGUGUUCUACCAAAAAGACCUGGAGCAGUGUGGUCUUGAUGUCACAGAGGCCUCGGUGUUAUCAGGAGUUUGUACACAGAUCUUCAAAACAGAGAAUCACCAGAAGACAACAGUCUACAGCUUUGUUCAUCUGAGCGUUCAGGAGUUUCUGGCUGCAGUCUACAUGUACCACUGUUACACCAGCAGGAAGACAAAGAGAGUCAUGGAGAAAUCUCUCAGAAGUGAAAAUGGCCACCUGGACCUGUUUGUCCGCUUCCUUCAUGGCCUCUCUCUGGAGUCCAACCAGAGUCUCUUAGGAGGCCUGCUGGGUCAGACAGAGAACAGUCCAGAAACCAUCCAGGGAGUCAUCGACAACCUGAAGAAGAUGAACAGUGGUGAUAUCUCUCCUGACAGAAGCAUCAACAUCUUCCACUGUCUGAUGGAGAUGAACGACCGCUCAGUACAUCAGGAGAUCCAAGAGUUCCUGAAGUCAGAGAACAGACCAGAGAAGGAACUAUCUGUGAUCCACUGCUCAGCUCUGGCCUACAUGCUGCAGAUGUCAGAGGAGGUUCUGGAUGAGUUGGACCUGGAGAAGUACAACACAUCAGAUGAGGGACGAUGGAGACUGAUCCCAGCUGUGAGGAACUGCAGAAAGGCUCAACUUUCUAACUGUGGACUCUCAGAGACUCACUGUGAAGUUGUGGUCUCAGCUCUGAAGUCCAACCCUCAUCUGACAGAACUGGACCUGAGUCUCAACAACCUGUCUGAUUCAUCAACUGUCUUGGUGUGGACUCUCAGAGACUCACUGUGA